UGAACGCGAACGAGAUGGAUAGCCGAGUCGCGAUUUAUUAACGUACCUGGUCGUAGCUCCCGGGAUCCCGCCGUCGACAAGGUCUUCUCCACAACCCCGCCCCACGCUUGCGCUGUCGAUCAGCGGAGGAACCCUCAGCUCAGGGAUCUCGAGCUGACCUCUCUUCUCUCUUUGCUUCGUCCUGUGGUUGUCUUGCUUGUCGUCCAUUUCAUACCACAAUCUACCCUGCAUAAUUGGCAAUUUACCAGACUUCAGGCUUGGUCACAGUGUCCCCGUCUUCAUAUACAUCAUCAUACUCCCUUAUCUUCAACCAUGUAUUCACGACGUCUCGUAUCGCGCCUGUCCUCGUUAGGCACAUCGAACCUGACACGUCCUCUCUCGACGAGCGUAGUCGCCGCCGCACCAAACAGAGCACCUUCGCUCUCCGACGUCGAGCCCAACAAGGGUCAGCUAUUCGACCAAAAGUCCCAGCAGUUCCGUGACGAGCUGGCUGCCGCUCAGAAGAAGCGUGAGCAAGAUGAGACACGCGAGCAGAUAGAAGACGGCAAAAAGGGCGGCCGCCUCUCCAACCUGCUCUACGGCACCCAGGAAGGCCGUGAGAUGGACAAGGAGAUCGAGCGCAGUUUCAGUCAGGUGCUUGCUAGAGGAAAAUACGUCCACAGCAUUGUCCUCCACGACGUCAAGCCCGACAAGGUCGACGAGUAUGUUGAGCUGGUCGGUACGUGGUACCCCAGAAUGGCCAACAUGCCUGAGAACAAGGUUCAUCUGGUGGGAAGUUGGCGAACUGAAGUCGGCGACUGCGAUACAUUUGUACACAUCUGGGAGUACCAACGUUACGAGGGCUACCACGCAUCCCUUCACGCCAUCCAGCACCACCCUGAUUUCGCAGAGUUCGACCGCAAGCUUAAGUCGCUGAUAAACUCGAAGAAGACAUCUCUCAUGCAAGAGUUCUCAUUCUGGCCCACAACUGCUCCUCGCAAGCUCGGUGGUGUCUUCGAGCUUCGUUCAUACACCCUACAUCCCGGAAACCUCCUGGAGUGGGAGACACACUGGCGUACCGGUCUGCGUGCCAGAAAAGAGGUCAUGGAAGGCGUGGGAGCUUGGUUCGUGCAGAUCGGAGACCUCAACACCGUCCACCACCUAUGGCAGUUCGCCGACCUCGAGGAGAGACGCUCACGCAGAGAGCAGAGCUGGAGCGUAUCUGGCUGGGGCGAAACGGUGCACAAGACUGUUCCCCUGAUUCAAACGAUGAAGAGCAGAAUCUUGGUCCCCAUGCCCUGGAGUCCCGUAGCAUAGAAUGUCUGAUCAUAGGAAUCCGAGAAGCAGAACAGACGAGCAACAGCAUCUACUGGUUGGGAAGUACCAGCAUCCAUAUAGCGUUCAUCGAUCUUACCACAAGCGCUGUAUACCUUACAAUCUAGGCCAGCUUCAUUCAUGUAACCAGGCACAAUUUAUCGUUCCAGUUUUCAGCAAACGAUGUGUCUCGUCAAGCUUUCCAGCAGCUGUCAGUCGCCGUCACCGAACGAUCGAACACCAGGACGAUCAAAUGACAGCACGAUCAAUUGAUUCUCCACGCGAUGGGUGCAAGCAACAAUUAAUCACAAGUGAGUACCUA